AUGGCGGUCGUACAACAGCCACCGACUGCUUCAGACUACUUCCAAAACCAAUUUCCAUCGGUCGCUCCCAGCCAACCGAUCAUCUGGAAAGAAGGAUGGGACGUCAAUAAUGCGCCAUCUACCAAACGCCAGCUGUCCAUGGUUGGUCCAACAUCUCCAGCGCAAUCCGUUGCCUCUGGGACAUCUUCACCGAGACGGCUGCUACACACCCUCACCGAGUCAGAUGAGGAGAACAUUGACAGUGGCUCUGAGUCGGAUCAGCCGUUGUACAGUGCUGCAGUCGAGAGCUUCUUGAAUCUCAAGGAACCCACACCCCAGGAUUUCAAGCCUUGCGAACCUGCCAAGUCAGAGAUAAGGCCCUCUAAGCCGCGUACAAUUUCCUUCGACGACGCAAAAGCUGAUAUCAACGAAAUCUGGCCCUUCACCGAAGUGAAGAGCGUGCGAGUCAAGAAGGCGUCCUUGACCUCUGUGGACAAGGAGAAAUGGCCUUCGGCAACGAUCACGCCUGUGAUUCCGGUCCCGGAAGAGAAACGUUUGCUCGAGCUUGACGUCAAGAUUCUUCAGUCCCCGGAUAAAUCAGCUGAAGAGCGCUUACAAGAGGCGGAGAAGUUGCUGAUCCAAUUCCAGAGUGCUUACAAGACGCGCGCCAUGUCCGUUCACCAGUUGGAGAAGCAAGUCGACGACCAGGCCUCUCAGCUGCAAGAUUCAGAGAUAUGGAAUGAGUCGGUUGCCAGAAGGAUGAUGUCUCUGACCGCCCGGAUCAGUGAGCAAGAAAACGCCAUCCUGCAGCUCGGACAAGAACUGGGCAAGGAAAAGGAGAUGCGACGAGAAGAGGAGGAAGAAGCCUUUCAGCACAAGCUCGAUGGCUUGAACCGCGUCUACCCUCCCCUCAACGAGAACACCCAUCGACGCAUGUCCAGCAUCCCGGGACUGAACAGGUCUGAAGUAAGCUUCAACAACAACGAUGGAAGCCGUCGAGAGUCAACCAGCUAUGCAGCCCCGAGAUACUACCGACAGUCCAGCACUGCUUCAUUCAGCAGCGCGUCUGGCGGUCAGGGGCGUCGGCCGUCGUUCUUUGCCCGGAUGUUCCGACAAGGCUCCGAGUCGUCUUCCAGCAGCGGCAGCGGUUCUCCCCCUCCUCAAAGCCGCCUAUCGAGCUUCAGCAGCCGCGCAUCUACGGCUCUUACGAGCCAAAGCAACCCUAGCAAGGUCGCGGUUGCAGCAGACAAGGACAUUGAAACUGCGGUUGACCGGGUCAAAGCUUUGGAGGAUAUCAAGACCGAGGUGGGCGUCUUGCGGCAAAAGCUCGAGUCUCUGGAGCUUGCAUUGAGUGCGCUCAAUGAUUUUCCCCCAGCUGGGACUGUUGAUAUAUCACUGUCGCCAUGA